AUGGGAAGAGCUACCAAGUGGUUGAAGGCCCUGUUUGGAAUUAAGAAUAGAGAAAAAUUUGAAACGGAUUAUUGUUGGGUUGAGCUGAGAGACACGAACCCAUUAAUGUCCAGUCGUACAAUAGCUGGCAUAACCAUUGCCAAGGCCGUGUGGCUCAACUCGUUUUAUAAUGAACCCGACAACGAGGAGAAACGGCACUCCAGGGCAGUAGCUGCCGUCACCGCGGCAUCUGCCGACGCCGCCGUGGCCGCGGCUCAGGCGGCGGCCACCGUCGUUCUUCUCACCACUCGAACGCGGGAAAAGUUGGCUGCUGCUAAGAUCCAAGCGGCUUUUCGUGGAUAUAUGGCCCGAAGAGCACUACGGGCUUUGAAGGGACUGGUGAAGAUUCAGGCACUGGCGAGAGGAUUUUUGGUGCAUAAGCAGGCAGCUGCAGUACUGAUGCAAGCUCUUAUGAGGGCUCAAGAACGUGUUCGGGCCCGGAAGGCCCGACGGUUCACCAAUUAUGAUGAAGAUUAUCCUUCAGCCCCAAAAUCCCUGGUCAGUUCAUCAGACCUAGUUUUAUGGCCACCUUUCCACAAUAUACAAACAGCCCCAGAUUCCAUGCUCCAAUCCAACCCUCCACAAACAGAACAACAAAGAAACCCCCCAACUAGGAAAAAAAUGGGAAGAGCUACCAAGUGGUUGAAGGCCCUGUUUGGAAUUAAGAAUAGAGAAAAAUUUGAAACGGAUUAUUGUUGGGUUGAGCCGAGAGAUACGAACACGUUAAUUUCCAGUCGUACAACAGCUGGCAUAACCAUUGCCGAGGCCGCCUGGCUCAACUCAUUUUAUAAUGAACCCGACAGCGAGGAGAAGCGGCACGCCAGGGCAGUAGCUGCCGCCACCGCGGCCGCUGCCGACGCCGCCGUGGCCGCGGCCCAGGCGGCGGCCACCGUCGUUCUUCUCACCACUCGCGCGCGGGAAAAGCUGGCUGCUGCUAAGAUCCAAGCGGCUUUUCGGGGAUAUAUGGCCAGAAGAGCACUACGGGCUUUGAAGGGACUGGUGAAGAUUCAGGCGCUGGCGAGAGGAUUUUUGGUGCGUAAACAGGCGGCAGCAGUACUGCACAGCAUGCAAGCUCUCAUGAGGGCUCAAGAAAGUGUUCGGGCCCUGAAGGCCCGACGGUUCACCAACUAUUAUGAAGAUUAUCCUCCAGCCCCAAAAUCCCUGGAAAACUUGGUAGAUCAUCUCCCGCCAAAUUUGGAUGUUGGGAGGACCUCAUUGUCAUACGAAGACAGCCCAAAAAUAGUUGAAAUUGAUACAUGCUGCCAACCCAAAUCAAGGUCGAAAUUAGUCGAGAGCAAGAAAUUAGUCGGACCAAACCCCGACAAAUUCCACUUGUUCGGUCCAAAUGACAACACAGUUAACAAACACUGUAUCAAGGUAAGACAGAGGUCGCAGAGUGCUCCAAAACAGAGAUUCUCUCUACAUGAAUUGAUGGAGUCAAGAAAUAGGUAUUCAGAUGUGGUUAGAAGGCCAAUUUUGUUCCCUCGGGCCCGAGAUUCUGCGCAUUUUAAGGAUGCUUUAAUAGGAAAGCUUGGCGGGUCUCCAAAUUUUGUGGAGGAAAGAGUUUGAAGCAAGUGUUAAUUUCUUCUUUAUCAUCGACAUUAAAAAUUGAGACAAAACGACGUGCCUAGCUAGAGGUUUGUUAAUGACUAGCAAAGUGUUAAAUUUAGAUUUUGAUUGAGCAAAGGGGAUAUUCUCUGUUUCCAAUCUCGUAGUUGAAUGAGAC